AUGAGAGGCGCUACCGUCCUCAAGGUCGCCGACGACAAGACGAGACCUCUCAACAAGCACACACUGAUCGCGUACUCUGGCGAGGCGGGUGACACUGUGCAAUUCGCCGACUACAUUCAAGCAAACUCCCAGCUCUACUCGAUGCGUAACGAGACGGACCUCUCACCCUCCGGCCUGGCCAACUUCAUCCGCGGCGAGCUCGCCUCGAGCUUGCGUUCGCGCAAGCCCUACAACGUCAACCUCCUCCUUGGCGGCGUCGACCCCAUCACACAGAAGCCUGCGCUGUACUGGCUGGACUACCUCGCCUCGCUGGCGCCGGUGCCAUAUGCCGCCCACGGCUACGCACAAUACUACUGCCUGUCGAUCCUCGAUAAGCACCACCACCCCGAAAUCACCCUCGGCCAGGGCAUCAAGAUCUUGAACAUGUGCACGGACGAGCUCAAGAGACGGUUACCGAUUGACUUCAAGGGCAUGGUGGUCAAGGCCGUCACCAAGGACGGCAUCGUGGACAUAGAAUUCGACGAUGACAAGGUGGUGAGGGCUCCUUGA